AUGGCUACAAUGAGAGCGCUCCAAAUCACUCGCAGUGCACCACUAUCAAUCAACACAAUCCCAAUUCCGACGCUCAAACCAGGCCAAGCACUGGUUAAAGUCCACUACGCAUGCAUCCACCCUUCAGACCGUCUGAACUCUCAAGGGCUGUUCCCUUCAACUACACUUCCACGCGUUCCAGGGCGUGACUUCUCAGGUGUAGUGACCGAGACAAACCCGACCUCCAACUGGAUCGGAAAAGAGGUUUACGGAACCAGCGGCUCAAGCCUAGGCUUUACAAAUGAUGGGCCACAUGCGCAGUAUAUCUCUGUACCACAGGACGCAUUGGUCGAGAAGCCUUCCGCGCUAUCGAUGCGCCAGGCCGCGACUGUCGGUGUUCCAUUCACGACAGGGCUGAUUUGCCUACGUAAGGCGGCGGUCUCUUCAACCGACACUGUGUUAAUCAUUGGGUCUACUGGUGCUGUUGGAUCUAUAGCUGUGCAGAUUGCACGAGCUAUGGGGUGUCAGCGGGUAUUGACUGCUGCGCGACGGGAGGAAGCCAAGCCUGAUAUUGUUCUUUCUGGAGCGUGCCCCGCCGAAGAACUUGCUUCAAAGAUCAAGGAGCUGACUGUUGGGCGUGGUGUGGAUGUUGUUGUUGAUACUGUUGGAGAUAUUGCUUUGAUGGGCGCUGCAAUCGAGAACUUGGCACAGAAGGGUCGUUAUGCGUGGAUUGCUGCGCCCAGGGGGAGGCUAGCAAGAAGUUCUUACCGCAAGGAGAUCACGCUGGUUGGGUGCAAUUCUGUUAGCCCGGCGAUUGAGGAGGCUGCGGGACUCCUGCGCUCCCUUGGGGAUUGGAUUGAAGAAAGGUUACUGUGUGCCCAGGAUGAGAGUUUGUUCAGAACAGUCAAGCUGGAAGACAGUGUCGAACAUGGAUAUGGAAAAGCGGGAGAGCAAGUAGUUAUAGAAAUGGCUUGA